AUGUUUGGCAAGAAAGAUGGUCCAGCCAGCCACUUUCUUCACCCGCUACUGAUGAACACAACACAACGACGACUUUCUGAAGUCGCCAUUUUUCUAUCUUCUUCACCAGACACAGAGAAACAGCAAAACAGGAAUUAGAGAGAGAAAGCUUCAGAGAGAGACGAAAAUGAGUUGCGGAAAUUUCUUCUUCACGAUACUUGUGACCUUCUCUGUAGCUCUGAUAACAUACAACAUAAUAAUCUCAGCCAAUUCACCACUCCAGCAAGACCUUCCAGGCCCAUCAAGAUCAUCGUCGUCGUCCAUUUCUGUGGACCCCAUAAUCCAGAUGCCAUUGCACAGAUCGAGAGGGAAAUUAGGGAGCUCCAAGAGACUGUUCCACACGGCAGUGACAGCCUCCGACUCUGUGUACAACACGUGGCAGUGUAGGAUCAUGUACUACUGGUUCAAGAAGUUUCAGAACGAACCCAAUUCAGGGAUGGGUGGGUUCACUAGGAUCUUGCACUCUGGGAAGCCUGACAAGUACAUGGAUGAGAUCCCAACCUUUGUUGCUCAGCCUUUGCCUGCUGGAAUGGAUCGGGGUUAUAUAGUUCUGAAUAGACCAUGGGCAUUUGUACAAUGGCUUCAGCAAGCAGACAUCAAAGAAGAUUAUAUACUGAUGUCUGAGCCAGAUCAUAUAAUUGUCAAGCCCAUACCAAACUUGUCCACUGAUGGGCUUGGAGCUGCAUUUCCUUUCUUUUACAUUGAACCUAAAAAGUACGAGUCAGUACUCCGGAAAUACUUCCCUGAGAACAAGGGACCAAUAACUAACAUUGAUCCUAUUGGAAAUUCUCCCGUCAUUGUUGGGAAGGAAUCUCUUAAGAAGAUUGCUCCCACCUGGAUGAAUGUUUCUUUGGCAAUGAAGAAGGAUCCUGAAACAGACAAAGCUUUUGGUUGGGUGCUUGAAAUGUAUGCUUAUGCUGUUGCAUCCGCUCUACAUGGUGUUGGUAAUAUCUUGUACAAGGACUUCAUGAUUCAGCCUCCAUGGGAUAAAGAGAUUGGCAAGAAGUUCAUAAUUCAUUACACUUAUGGCUGUGACUAUAAUAUGAAGGGUGAAUUAACAUACGGAAAGAUUGGAGAAUGGAGAUUUGACAAAAGAUCUUACGAUAGUGUUGCACCGCCUAGAAACCUUCCUAUGCCUCCGGCUGGUGUUCCAGAAAGCGUGGUGACUCUGGUGAGAAUGGUCAAUGAAGCCACAGCAAACAUUCCAAAUUGGGGGGAAUAGGUAAAAGAGCUGGUUGGAGCUGACGUAGACAGAGAGCCUGUAUAUACAAAGCUGUGCUGCCGUUUGGUACAGAUGCCACUUAUGAAAAUGUUUGUGAAAGUUGUCAUGUCUCACUAUCAACUUGGGUUGCACACCCCAUGUCACUCUCGAAUUCAGUUGCACACAUGACCCGAUUGCGGGUGUGAAAUUCGGCACAACACUUUAUAGAAAUGUAGCAUACUUUGGUUUAUAGUAGAAGAACAAAGUUAAUAAAUGCUUGCAAUUGCGUUGUAUUCCCAAGUUACAUGGUCGAUGGAUGAGUUAUCGAGCCACGACUUCGUGAUCGAUAAGAAAAUUGUGAAUCAAAUUUUCUUUUUCCCUUGCUACGCUUUCUAUUUAGUUUAGCUUACAAAUGUUGGGAUUUUCAUCUUUGUUGGAAUAGACACCUGAACGAGUUUCUUUGAUUUAAAUUGUGUGGCUGUAUUAUGUAUGAA